CGCAAUGUGGCGCUGCGGUUCCCCGAGCCCGGCGCCAUGUUUGUGGUUGUGCCGCAGCAGCCGACGCAUGCUUGCAGCUGUGUUCCGUAAGUGUUGUGUGGUGUUCCCUAGCAUUUAGGUUUCUCGUGUGUUGCAUGUGGCGUUGGUUGUUUGCAAUACUGCUGCGUUGGAAGCUUCCUCUACGGAUACACGCUGUAAAGACUUGGAAAAGUGCCCACACCGGAGCACGUUGUUGCGCGACAAAAAGCUGCUGUGUACGUCUCAUUCGGCGCGACUGCAGUGUAACAUGCAACUCAGCGACUACGCAAAGUCGCUGCCUGACCCCGAGCGCAGCAGAUACAUCAUCAAAAUCGCGAAAUGCGGCGGAGAUGACCCGUUGGCGCUGUCCGAUGACCACUUUACGAACGAUGUUGCUUUUUAUCCAAGUGUCGACCGUGCGGACAUCAGAGACUAUCUAGUCCACGGGACGAGCUUCGUGACGCGGGAUCAGCUAAAGAGCUAUAAAUCCCUGGAGGCUCAUAAUUACGUCACCAGUGGUCUCGUGGAGCCACCAAGAGUGAAAGUUCGUGAUGGCAACGUCGUCGUCGUUGGAAAGGUCCGCCACUCUCAGGCGUUCAGAGAUAAGCUGCUGCUGCCGUGGCUGUUGAUUAAAGCUGACGGGGAAGUUUUGUGCGCGCACUGUACGUGCAUGGCCGGCCUCGGGGAGGCGUGCUCACACGUUGGUGCAGUGCUCUUUUAUUUGGAGGCUGUUGUGACACGCCGGGAUGGUCAAUCAUGCACAGAUGGGCAAAAUGCAUGGCUACCGCCUCAUCUCGUCAGUCUGGAAUGCCGACCGGUGGCAGAGAUGGACUUCGCGUCUUCCGCAAUGAAAAAACGCCGCCUGGACGACACUGAGGCUGCCCCCCGCGACCCACCAAGUGUUGAAAUGCCCAAGCCGAGAGAGGACGAGAUGUUAAAGUUUUUCUCGUCAUUGAGUAAAUCUGAGGGUAGGCCAGCACUUCUCUCGCUUGCCCAAAAAUUUGCUGACCCCUACAUUCCCUUGGGCUUGAAGUACCCUAAGCUCCUCCUCCGCAAUCUGCAAAGGAAGCAGUGCCCAAUUUCCUUGGAGGAUGUACAGGCAGAAUGCCGUAAUGUCUUGCAGGACCUCUCAAUUGAGCCUGAUGUGUGUGUACUGAUCGAGAAGCAGACAAAGGCCCAAUCUGCAUCCGAGAAGUGGCAUUUAUUUCGGACUGGACGCAUCACAGCUUCAAAUGCAGGAGCGGUAUUUGCAACUUCAUUGACCAAGCCUUCAAAGAGCCUGCUGAAGAGACUGUGCUACCCAGAGGACUGCAAAUUCCAGACUGCAGCAACUCAGUGGGGAAAGAAGAAAGAAGCUGCUGGGAGGGCAGCUUACAUAGAGGCAAUGCAGAAGCACCAUCUAGGCUUUAAGUGUGAAAUGUCUGGCCUCCACAUAAGCAUAGAGCGACCAUUUCUGGCUGCAACUCCUGAUGGCCUUGUACAUUGCAAUUGUUGUGGAGACGGCCUUCUGGAGAUAAAAUGUCCAUACUCUGCAAAAGAUGCACUUAUUUGCGAAAUUCCAGAGCGGCAACGAUCUUAUCUUGUAGUUGAUGGCAAUGAUGCAAAGUUAUUGAGAAACCAUCAUUACUUCAAGCAAACUGCUGAGCCUAAUGUAAGCAGCAUCAAGCCACCUUUCUACUGUCCUCGUUACGGUUGA